UCAAAGUCACCCUGUAUAAAAGGUGUCUCAACAAGAGCGCCGUAUUUGAAUUUGUUAAAUGUCAUAUUUCUAGUGAUUUUUUCAAAGGUUUGUGACAAACAAAAAACAAUUGAAAAAUACAAUGAAAAAAUAUAGAAAUGUAUCCAAAAGUUGGUAAGAAGCGUAUACAAUUAUAUGCAUCCCCGUUUUAAAAGAUUUUCGGAAUUUCAAACAUUUUUUAACAUCAAACCUCACAAAUUACUGCAUUCAUCACAGACCAGGUGGCUGUCACUGAUUUCCGCUGAGGAAAUGAGCGGAAAAGAUAUCAGAAACGAGAUACACUGGUUGGAGGAGACCAGUGGCGGAUCUAGAAAAUAUUUUUGGAGGGUGGGUGAUUUACGGACAUCCAGGACACAGGACAACUCCCCCUGCAGGAGACAUCCUUAAUUUCACUAAUAUGUUGCAUUUUAACUAUUUUGUUCGUUGACUUAUCUAAAAUAGAAGAUUUUUCUAUGACUUA